CAGAUUUGAUGUGUCCCAUUAAUCCACCACGUGUCAAUUUACAUGUCAUAAUGAAUCUGACCCAUCUUUUCCUUUUCAUUUAAUAAUCUUUUUCUCUGCUCUUUCUCAUCCAUUAAAAUCCCACUCCCCUUUCCAAUUUUUCAGUUUCAGUACUAAAAAUAUUAAACCCUUGUCUUCCUUCCUUCCAUGGCUUCUCAGAAAACAAUCUCUCCCAAAAGUCCAAUGAGAAGAAGAUCUCGAACAAGAAAAGUUACCCAGGACUCUGUUAUCAAUGUAGCUGAGGCAAGAAGAGAGAUUGCUUUUGCCCUGCACCUGCAUAGGACAUCCUCACCCUCAUCCUCAUCCUCCUCCUCCUCAUCAUCAUCACCAUCACCAUUAUCAUCAUCAGCUUUUGUUGCCCAGAUGGGCACCUCAGAAUCACCAUGUAGCAUCUACGGCUGUGAUUUAAAGAAGCAGGUUCUUUAUGGGUCUUCUUCUCCAUAUUGUUAUCCAUUGUUGGAAUCCAUGCCUAUCCCUGGACCCAUAUGGUCCACAACUGCGCCUUCAGUGUUGGCAAGUAAUGGUGGUGGUGCACCGGUAGUAGUACCAUCGGCUUCUUCUAUAGCCAAGGAAGUUUUGGAAUUUGAGUGGGAAGAGAGCCAAAAAGCUGCUUCUUAUAACUGGUGGUUUGGGUUUUUGAAGACCUUGGACGAUGCUAAUAAUGCUGAGGAUUAUUCGAAAUUCAAAUAUUCUUUGGGAAAUAAUGCUUUAUUGAAUGGUAGUUGUUUUGGUAAAAUAGGAGAAGAAGUGGGUGGUUUUGUGGGUGCAAAUGACCAUCAAAGCCCUUCUCCUGAUGAAUGGUUGUUGUUUCCAACAGCAGAUGAAGACGAGCCUUCAAUCCCCUAAACCUACAAAGUACUUGUAAAUAUAUAUUAUAUCUAUAUCUAUAUAUAUAUAUAUAUAGGCUAUUUGUCUUAGUAUUUGAUUUUGGGUGUAAAACUCCAUUCUAGUAAUGGGUUUUAUAGAUUUUUCUCCGUUUUGAAAUUUUCCUGCCUGAAAUCAAAACCAUGUACUUUCUCUCUACUACUUUUAAUGUUUGUUCUUUUA